CGAUUCUCAUAAUCAUCAUUAACGAGCAACGAAGAUACCUUCUUUCAGCCUCCCUUCAACACCCUUUUGGCCCUUUAUUCUUCAAAGUCUCAAAGCAAAGCUCGAAGACCUGAGAAGAACAAAGGGUUGAUUAAAUUCUGUGUGGUUGUUGUUGGAGGUUGAAACACAAGUUGCCACCCCAAGUGUGUGUUAAUCUUAAAUUUCACAAGCAAGUUGCUUUUUUGGAGUAUUAUAUUGUAUGACCAAAUAUUUUUGUGUUUUAGGACUAGAUAUUUUGCUUCUGGUGGCAAUUUUUCUCUUCUCCUUCUGGUUCUCAUCCUUUGUGUUCUUCUUUGUCUCUCAUCUGUCUGAGGAUUUUUCCAUCUUAGUUCCUGGAGGCACCAGGAACCUGACCCAAUAAACAAACCCUUUUUUUUCUUUCUAAUUUUUCUAAAGUUUCAUUUUUUAAUCCAAUGGCAACUUGGGUAUUAUCAGAAUGUAGCUUGAAGCCUCUUGCUCCAGUAAUCCCUAGACCUAGAACUGGGGCAGUUUUGUCCAGCACCUCAAAGGUUGGAUUUUUGGAGACAAACAAGGUAUUGGAAGGUUCUAAGUUUCAACCUUUGAGGUGUAACCUUAGGGAGAGGAAUUGGGGGUUAAAAGUGAGUGUCCCUUUGAGGAUUGCUUCCAUUGAAGAGGAGGAGCAAAAGAGUGUCGAUGUAAUCAAUGGGAGUAAUGGGGUUGAGCAUGAGAAGCUUCCAGAAUUUGACCCUGGUGCUCCACCACCAUUCAACUUAGCUGAUAUUAGAGCAGCAAUUCCAAAGCAUUGCUGGGUGAAGGACCCUUUGAAGUCCAUGAGCUAUGUGGUGAGGGAUGUCAUUGCUGUCUUUGGUUUGGCUUCUGCUGCUGCUUAUCUCAAUAAUUGGUUGGUUUGGCCUCUCUAUUGGGCUGCUCAAGGCACUAUGUUCUGGGCUCUGUUUGUUCUUGGUCAUGAUUGUGGUCAUGGGAGCUUUUCAAACAACCCCAAAUUGAACAGUGUUGUUGGGCAUCUGCUGCAUUCUUCAAUUCUAGUGCCAUAUCAUGGAUGGAGAAUCAGUCAUAGGACUCAUCACCAACAUCAUGGUCAUGUUGAAAAUGAUGAAUCAUGGCAUCCGUUGCCUGAAAAAUUGUUCAGAAGCUUGGACACUGUAACACGUAUGUUAAGAUUCACAGCACCUUUUCCACUUCUUGCAUAUCCCGUGUACCUUUGGGGUAGGAGUCCUGGCAAGACUGGUUCUCACUUUGACCCUAGCAGUGACUUGUUCGUUCCCAAUGAAAGAAAAGAUGUUAUUACUUCCACAGCUUGUUGGGCUGCUAUGUUGGGAUUGCUUGUUGGAUUGGGGUUUGUAAUGGGUCCAAUUCAACUUCUUAAGCUUUAUGGUGUUCCCUAUGUUAUAUUCGUCAUGUGGUUGGAUUUGGUGACUUAUUUGCACCAUCAUGGCCAUGAAGGCAAAUUGCCUUGGUAUCGUGGAAAGGAAUGGAGCUACCUUAGGGGUGGUCUAACUACUCUUGAUCGUGAUUAUGGAUUGAUCAAUAACAUUCACCAUGACAUUGGAACUCAUGUCAUUCAUCACCUAUUUCCUCAAAUUCCACACUAUCACUUAGUUGAGGCUACUGAGGCAGCUAAGCCAGUGUUUGGAAAAUAUUAUAGAGAACCAAAGAAAUCAUCUCCUCUUCCUUUUCACCUUAUUGGGGAAUUAAUAAGGAGCUUCAAGACUGACCAUUUUGUUAGUGACAAGGGGGAUGUUGUGUACUAUCAAACUGACUCUGAGAUUAUUGGCUCGUCCAAAUCAGAGUGAAGAUUAAAAUUCUUUUUUAUAUAGACAAGAGAGACUUACACACAAUUCUUAUUGCUCUAAAGAUUGUCCUGAGUUUCUCCUAAAGUUACUGCACUUAGAGUUGAAUCCUUCAUUAAUAAAGGGAUGGAUGGACGGAUCAUAUAAUUUCAAUUGUAACUACAUGAUAGAAUGUUUAGGUUAUAUGUAGUUUAUCAUUCUUGAACAGUGAAUCCUCUGUAUAAAUUGAUUAUAUUGAAGUGGUACCUUGAGUCAUGAUCAAAUUGUUAAUGUAUUUGAUCAGAACUGAAAGACCUCGAUUAAAUAGUAAUUUAAAAUAAAUUGUUUUAUAGAA